CCCCCUCCAAAGAUGCUGUCUUCAGCUUCCAGGGUCUUGGUCCUCCUGGGCUCCGUCUUGAUCGCCACCAGCCGAGGAAACCUUUCGCAUGACGGUAGCCAGCCCACAUCGAAGGAUGAAACAGUGGUGGCCGGCAGCAAGGUGAUUCUCCGCUGCCAAGUAGAAGAUCCUGCGAACUCUUCCCUUCAGUGGUCCAAUCCAACCCAGCAGACGCUCUACUUCGGAGAGAAACGAGCCCUGCGAGAUAAUCGGAUCCAGCUGGAGAAGUCUACGCCCUAUGAACUGACGAUUAGUAUCGAUAAUGUGUCACUGGCGGACGAAGGAGAGUACACCUGCUCCCUCUUCACCAUGCCCGUGCGGACUGUAAAGCCCAUCGUCACUGUUCUAGGAAUUCCCCGGAAGCCCCAGAUCACCGGCUACAAGGAGCCUCUCAAAGAGGGGCAGACGGUCAAACUGAAGUGCGUCUCCUCGGGCAGCAAGCCCGCUGCUCAGCUCCAGUGGCAAAAGGGGGGCAAAGCACUGAUAGGUAAAGACCCUGAGGUGGCAGAAGACAGCAACGGGAAGACAUUCACCGUCACCAGUCAUGUUGAAUUUGUUGUCACUAAAGAGGACAACGGCGUUGACGUUGCCUGUACGGUUCGUCAUCCUUCGCUGCCGAACUCCGCCACGUCGACUACUCUGAAGAUAGAAGUGUUCUACGUGCCCGUUGCUUCUAUCGAGCCAGACCCCACCUACCCGCGAGAAGGAGAAAACCUGAGGCUGUCCUGUGAAGGACAAGGCAACCCAGUCCCCCAGGAGUUCAUUUGGCGGAAGGAGGGGGUUGACGCACCCUUGACAGAGACCCAAGACAACAUCCUUCUCUUCCUCUCUUUGAACAAAAGCGACAGCGGGACCUACAUCUGCAGCGCCAGCAAUAUCAUGGGCACCUCUGAAGCGAGGUACAACCUGGCUGUUAAUGAUGCCAGUCCGGUGGCGCACAGCUCGAGCACGUACCACGCCGUCAUCGGGGGAGUGGUCGCCCUCAUCGUCUUCCUGCUCCUGAUCACGCUCAUCGUUCUAGGACACUACUUGAUCCGGCACAAAGGCACCUACCUGACCCAUGAAGCCAAAGGUUCGGACGACGCCCCCGAUGCCGAUACGGCCAUCAUCAAUGCGGAGGGAGGUCAAACCGGCGGUGACGAUAAGAAGGAGUAUUUCAUCUAAGUGGGGAGGGUGGGGUGUGCGGCAGGGCAGCAGGGGGGGCAAGUGGCAAAUCGGGACCCGAACCUCAACUGAACGACAAUGGAACCCACCCAACCAGUAUGCCAAUGGAAUUUCUCUCGUGCCCAG